GCUACACUGGAGGAAAGCACACCCAGGUCUCACAUUAAAGAAGCCAAACUGUCUGCUUCAAAGAAAAAAGGCAACAUCCUGUCACAGGCCAUGCUCUGGCAAAAAUCCACAGCGCCAGAUCAAGCCCCGGCCCCGGCCCGGCCGUACCAGGGCGUCCGCGUGAAGGAGCCAGUGAAGGAACUGCUGAGGCGGAAACGUGGCCAUGCCAGCAGCGGGGCGGCGGUGACACCGACCGCGGUGGUGCUGCCCCAUCAGCCCCUGGCCACGUACACCACAGUGGGUCCUUCCUGCCUUGACAUGGAGGUCGCUGCCUCCACCGUGACGGAGGAGGGGGCCCUGUGUGCCGGCUGGCUCUCUCAGCCUGCCCCUGCCACCCUCCAGCCCCUGGCCCCGUGGACACCCUACACUGAGUAUGUGUCCCAUGAAGCUGUCAGCUGCCCUUACUCAGCUGACAUGUAUGUGCAGCCGGUGUGCCCCAGCUACACUGUUGUGGGGCCCUCCUCUGUGCUGACCUACGCCUCCCAGCCACUCAUCACUAAUGUCACGACGAGAAGUGCCACCACACCCACAGUGGGCCCCCAGCUGGAGGGCCCAGAGCACCAGGCACCGCUCACCUACUUCCCGUGGCCUCAGCCCCUGUCCACGCUGCCCACCUCCACCCUGCAGUACCAGCCUCCGGCCCCCGCUCUGCCCGGGCCCCAGUUUGUCCAGCUCCCCAUCUCCAUCCCUGAGCCAGUCCUUCAGGACAUGGAAGACCCCAGGAGAGCCAUCAGUUCCCUGACCAUCGACAAGCUACUGUUGGAGGAAGAGGAUAGCGAUGCCUAUGCGCUCAACCACACGCUCUCCGUGGAAGGCUUUUAGGGCUGGCUCCCACCUGAGAAUCCUGCUCCCUGAACCUGGGAUUGAACCUCAGAUUUCUAUCUGUAUGGAGCAGCCAUUUCUUAACUACACUUUUUACCCCAGAGUAGAAUUGCAAAUUGACAUCCUUCCUCUCUCCCUCCUUCUCUCCU